AUGCCGUCACGCCGUGAGUAUCAGUCGCAUUCCGGCGAGGCUCCAAAGCCGGACACCGCCACGGACCGAAAGGCCGACGCCAGCGCCGACGGAAAGUCGGGCACCGGUACCAGCCAGAGUCAAGACCAGGGUGCCGGGACCGGGAGAACGCAAAGGACAACCAAGAACGAAAGACCCGCCUACGGCGCCCCAGCAAAGGCCGAUGCGAAGGACCUCCGCUUCAAGGAUCUCAAGCUGGAGGACAUGGCAACGCUCGCCAAUGAUCCGUACGAGUUCGUGUAUAACCCGCGUGAGAAGGUUACGUGGUUCCAGGCCAUGGACAAGAAAUGGAAGGCCGGGCCCUACUACGGCGGUAGCAGCAGUGGCGGCGGCGGCGGCGGCGGCGGCGGCGGGCACACGAUGGACCUGCCGAUCAGGCGCGGCCAGUCUCGGCAACAGCCGCCAGCCAGGGGCGCGGGAGCGACGCCGCCGCAGAGCCGGUCCGGAGGAGGGGGCUCGGGCUCGGGAGGCACGAGCGGCCGGCCGCCACCGGCGACGGGCCAGCCAGCGACGCAGCCCGGAAGGGCCGGCGGGCAAGCUCCCCCGCCCAGCCAGAAGCCGAAAAAGCAGGACGGAAAGCAGCAGGGGGGGUCGGGGUCGGGCGGUCAACAGGGUUCAAGCUCGACCACCAAAAAGAGCCCGGGUUCGGGGAAGAAAGGGUGA